AAGCCAUAGAGGGAACAAGGGCUUCAGUCUCGCGAUAUAGGCAGCAAGAGAGAUAACUGCUCCAUAGUUCCCUCUAUCUCUUUCUGGCAAAAUCCUCUGAUUGGCUGAUGAAUAGUGGCUGUGGAAGCGUGGUGUUAGUGCUAUAUAUAGGUAUAAUGUGAGAAGUAAGAACUACAGAAUUGUAGACAGCUGAGACUGCUCACUAAACGUCUGCUACGUAAUAGUUUAUUAAAUAUUUUAUUAUUGCUUUUCCUAUGUUUGCGUAAACUAUUUUGAAUGAGCAGCUGUAAAUUGAAAGUGAAAAAUGAAGCAAUGUUUGCAAUGUAAAGAGGUUUACUCCCCUCUGAAUCAACGUAGUUUUCACACGUUUCCAAGUGACUGUAAUUUAAGAACGAAGUGGCUGAAUAUUCUCAAUUUACCUAUGUCUUUAGAAGUGAAAUUUAAAUUUAUAUGUAGUGACCACUUCAGUGCAGACAGUUUUCAUCAAUCUGAAGGGCGAAGCCGAAGAAGGUUGCUGACAGGAGCACUUCCAGUUGUACAUGAAGAUGGGAAGACAAUUUGCUUGUCUGAACCUCGUCAUAUUCAACAGGAUCAAUGUGAUGUGGUACUUAGCCCACCUAUGUACAAACAUGUAUCAACAGUUGACGCAUCAAAUGAUUCCCUAGUAGCUGUCACCGAAGGUAGUCGUAGCAGCCAUGAAUCUUUUGAUAAUACAAGGAAAAAUGAUUAUGCUGAUAAUAGUUCCCUGGAAGACUCUAGUAUUACUGUGAUACAGAGCUUAACUACAUUAAAAAAUGCGUCAACAACUAUGAAUAUGCAAGAAAGUAGUUCGAACUAUUUUCCACUUGGGACAAAUACUGCAAGUCAUAGCAACGGAUCAGUUCUCCAAAAUUGUGCUUCAUCAGUCAAUUCUGUAAAUGUUAAAAGUAACUCGAGGAAAAGGAAACUGACAUGUGAAAAUUAUAGUGCACCAAAAAAGAUCAAAAUCAUGGAUGGAUGUGAAACGCAUUAUAUAUCACGAUCUCAAUUUUUAGACGACGAGGGGUGGAACGUAUUCCUGAUUUAUAAAAAAGUCCAAGAAAGAAAAUUGGCUGCAGCCCAGAACAAAAAAUCUCGACGUAAUAAGAAAAUUAAAUGUUUGACUGGUGUGAUUCAAAAUCUUAAAAACACCAGCGAGAGGGGUAUUGUAGAAAAUUUCUUGAAGGUUAAUUGAAUUUAUUUUUUAAACUUUUACGACAUUUACGUCCAAAAUGAA